AUGGAUUUGGAGAUCGAUUCGCAAAAGCCCACGCUGGAUCUAGCAAAGAACUGUCUCAAAAAGGUUCCUAAGAUGGAAGAUGCUCAGCAAUACAAAGUGUUGAUAUUGGACGAUAACGAGUUGCAAAAGAUUGAUAAUAUUGAUUCGUACUUGAAGAUCGAAAAGUUAUCGUUGUGCAAAAAUCAAUUACUGCGAAUGUACGGCGUUUGUCGACUGCAUUGUCUGAGAGAGCUGAAUCUCUCCCACAACAAAAUCCUCACGAUCGAAGGGCUCAAAGAUUUAGUCUAUUUGACCCACUUGAACCUGGAGGGUAACAAAAUCAAAACAAUCGAACAUCUGAAUACGAACGUGAACCUUCAGUAUUUGAACUUAUCGGAAAACAGUAUCACCAGUGUUUCGGAUAUGUCUUAUCUUAAAAAUUUAAAGGAACUGUUUCUCAACGGGAACCGCAUAUCGCAUUUAAGGCAAUGUGAUAAACAUUUACCUCAAUCGUUGGAAAGUUUAACAUUAGCGAAAAAUAAUAUAGCAGAUCUGAAUGAAAUUUGCACGCUAAGUCAUCUGAAUAAUCUUAACAGUAUCACAAUAGCGGACAAUCCGUGCGUUCAGAUGGCUGGCAAUGUGAUUGGAUUUGAUUAUCGACCGUUUGUAUUAAACUGGUGCAUGAGUGUGAAGCACAUAGAUGGAUUUGUCGUCACUGCCAUUGAGAGUCUUAAAGCGGAGUGGUUGUACAGCCAGGGUCGUGGCCGUCAGUUCCCAAUAGGAGAACAAACGGCGUUAGCUCGCUAUCUUAGCAGUGUUUGUCCACUAUCGGGUGAAGCGUUAGAAAAUCAAAACGAACGUAAACUACGGCUUAUACUUAGCAAGGCACAGCAGCAUCAGCGUCAGUUGCAGGAACAAACAACUCUUGGCAGCGAUGGAGCGAAUCAGUCAGCGAAUAAUUCGCCAUCCUCGCUGCGUCGCAAAGGGCAAGCAACAAGGAUACAGUCGCCGCGCGUAUCGCGUCUAAGUGGGCGCCAAAAUUCGCCUGAUGCUAUGUCAAACAGUUACCAUGGUAACCUUUCGAACAAUUCCAUGUCAUCGGGGCAUAGUGAGAAUAGCUCCGGAGGAUCACAACUAUUUGAGCUAACAAGAUCGUUGAUUGAUAACAUUACUUCGGACAACAAUAUUAUGUCCCAAAGUUUGGAUCCGAACAUGUUGGCGAGUAGCAAUGGUAGUGGCGUAUCUGCCAACAGUUCGAACAUUCUAGGCACAAGUGCAGGCAACGAGUGUAUUGUAUUAAGCAAACAACAUCCAACGACGACGAAUCAAAACCAGGGAAAUUUGUAUAAUGAUCAACUUACAAAUUCUGUGGCAGCAGGAGGUGGACCGCUUACGGCCGCAUCCAAAAUGGUGCCAGUUCCAGAAUCCUUGAUGAGUCCCGAUUGUGGUCCUACUACGACAACGGCAGCGAGCAUUGUACAACGAAAUUUGCAACAUUGUAAUAUGCAACCACAACCACAAACGCCGCAGAUUCCCAAAGCUAUAAAAACUAAAGAUAGCAAUCGUUCAGUAAAUCAAACCGGUGGGAGCAUCCCGGUGUCAAACGUUCAUCCCAAAGCCGGCAGUCCUCGUACUUCAAAGCGAAACAAUAGUAGUGAACGUUCUUCGCCUUCCCUUUCACCAAGAAAAACACUCAACAGUCACAAUAGCAAUGGAGGUACUGGUAGCAACAGCCAUUCCAGACCGGUAUCAUCACAAUCCAAGUAUUCCGUACACGCUGCUAUAGCCACACCAUCGGAAGGGGGUUCAAGCAAUGCCGUAAGCUCUGACGAUGACAGUGAAACGAUCAAUAUUGAAAAGCUUCGCACUAUACGCCACAAAGCUGCGCAGCAACAGACUCAGCUAAAUCUUCAGCAUGUUGGACAAGGCUUGGUUCCGAAGACGAAAGAUAAGGAGGUUGUGGUAUCCUGCAAAACAAUUGCCAAGGAAACAAUGGAUGAUAAUAAAGCGACAGAAAGUUCAGCUAUUCUUAUACAGAAACUUUGGCGGGGCUAUGUUACUCGCAAGCGGACCCGCGAUGUGGUUGAAAAGCUGUUUCAUAAGCGAACCAACGAUCAUAUUUUACAACUUACAAAGGACAUGCAAGUCACAAAGGAGCAGUUGGAAUCGGGCCGCAAAAUUCAGCAGCUGCAAAUGAAAGCUUUGCGUCAGCUGUGGCGAAAAGUCUCUUCUAUGAAUUCAACGGAACAAACACGUGCCACUAAUAGCAUUGCUGGACAAACUACUGCUGCAGAAGAAGACGAUGCGGGAGAAUGUGGACAGUUAGCAAAUGACGGCUUGGAAAACAGCACUAUUCAAGAUCUGACAAAAUCCUGUUCGAUGUUGAUGAACCAGGUGCAACAAUUGCAAGGUGCAGUACGAGACAUUGUCAGUUGCAUGCAGUUUUUGGUUCACGUUCCGCCACCUGCACAACCCCCGUUAAACGCGGCUUCCCAACAGUGUACCAGCGAAACACAAACAGAUAUAGUAGCUGUCAUUACGCCACAGGUGGAACGAUUGCCAGAAUCGUUUCCUUUCGGUAAAGGAUCUGAAGGAGCUUCCAAAGAUCAGCUGGGGGUAACUGGUAUUACGAAACUUUCACGACCAUCAACACUGCCGAUAAGCUCUACCGAAACAUCUCCGAAGCUUGUUGGCCAAGGGCAAGAUCCCACUGUGGAUGAAGGUCGGGAAGCAACGGAUAUGGAAUCCAUGGGUGGUGAUUCACAAAUGAUCCGAAUCGAAGAAGCCGAUCGUGGAAACGAGGAGGAAAACAAUGACGGCGAACAGAAGGAGCGUGAUGAAAAAGAAAUGGAGAGUGUGUUGAAUGUUGAGGAUCUAGAAAUUGGAACAGUAGUUCCAUAA